AUGAUUUCUCGACAACCUCUUUCUCCUCCGUCAUUGCUGGUCUCGAUUGGAAGCAUAAUAGCAGCAUUGGUACUUUCUUCUUCUAUUGUUGAAGCCAAUGAUGUCAGCGUAGUCAAUGUGAACAGCAACGCCAAUCGCUCAUUGCAAGGACAACCGUACGAAUACACCUCCGACCAUAUCGUCGCUCGUGCGUCUGCCAUUUCCAAGGAUUAUCAAACCAUUGUUUUUUUCUUGGCGCAAGACAACGGGGCGGGCCGGGAAAACGCUCGCGCCGUGUACCAAUUGGGAGCCUAUUGCCAAUCGUAUGCUACUCUAAUGCUGGAUGCUCCCUUGACGUCUGAAAUUCUGCAAGGAACCGAAGUUACGGGAACCAAUGCCAACGGCGAUUCCGUUUCGGGAAUUGUGCACAGUGGGGCCUUUAGCGGAGACGCGACUUUGGAAGUCAUGUAUCUGAUUCCAUCUGAUGGGAUUGCCAACCUUUGUUCUGUGGCUGGAAACCCUACUCCGCAAUAUGAGCAAUGCUUGAACACUAGUGGUGAAAUUUCUGUUUCUGGCGGUCCCACACUCACCUACUCCAAUUACGACUUGGACAAUGACACCGCCGCUGGACAAUCCAUACAAUCCAUGUCGAUGACCAUUUCCGGAGCCGGUACCCUCGGUUACCCCCGCAUUGGUACCUUUGCUUCUUACUAUGGUACCAACAGGUACGCCAAUGAAUUCAUCCAAGCGGCCUUUGACAAGGCCGACACUCAAUUUGACAGUGGCAAUGCCGAAUUCACCAAGUGGACUCAAUUUGGGACCAAAUCGUUUAUCACAGUAGCUACUCUCACCAUGUCAUCCUGGAUGCACAUUAUCAUUAAAAUGCAAGAUGCCGUCGAAGUCUGCAAGUCCUUGCCGCAAGGACAGAAGUCGGUCCAAGAGGUGCCCCUUUGGGACAAUGCCGUCGCCACCUACCGUGGCAUGGGCGGAGCGGCCGGUGGUACCAUGGGACAACUCUGGUAUCUCGCAGAUAAUUACUGUCAAAAGUUUGGAACCUGUCAAGAUGGUCCCGGUGGCAGUCAAGGGAUUGCGAAGGCCAAUUCCAAACUGUACGCUCAUUUCAAUGCUGGCAAGCAAGAUUUGUUGGAUGGCAAUUGUGAUUUGGCCGAAUCGUCUCUGGAUGCCGCUGCCACGACCAUGACCAUUCCCAUCAUUCAAGGAUUGUUGUACCAUGCCUACGAACUCGAUCUAUUCCAGGAACAACGAGAAAUCGUCCAAGGAGAAGCGGCUGCCUUUUUGCAUUCCCUUUUGCCACUGGUCCAUGCCUGCUCGGGAGGAAAUGCCGUCAUGAUCUACAACGAAAUCAAGGUGGGCAAUGGAAAGACGGCUAGCUUUGAAGCCAUCAAGACCUCCUUGGAAGGUACUUAUGAAUGUUUGGGUGUAAGUUGUGAAGAUAUUGGUGGAAUUGUCGACCUUGCCGAUCCUACCACGUACCUAGAGAAUGGAGCUCCCUGCGGUACCUUGAAUGUGGACGACCAAGAUGGUGAUGGUAUUCCGGACGUUGCUCCAGUGGUUCCUGCCAACCCUCAACCCAGCCCAACCCAAAGGCCUAGCUCAUUGCCAGGACAAGCCUACGAAUACACUUCGGAUCAUGUCAACUCGCGAACUGCGGCCAUUUCUAAAGACUUUGAGUCCAUUGCCCGUUUCUUGUCACAACAAACUGGAGCUGCCCGAGAAAGCGCUCGCGCCAUUUACCAAUUAGGAGCCUAUUGUCAGUCCUAUGCGACUUUGCAGUUGGAUGGUCCUUUGAAUUUUGAGAUUUCUCAAGGAACGGAGGUUACUGGAACCAAUAAUGGUCUCGGCCAAGUCAAUGCAGUACUUUAUAGGGAUGCAUUCCCUGGCGAUACGACUGUAGAGGUCAUGUACUUGAUUCCUUCUGAUGGAGUUACGAACAUUUGUUCUGUGGCAGGAAAUUCUUAUCGAUGUUUCAUGACUACUGGAGUGAUUGCCGUUGCUGGGGGCGGCGGACCGCUUUCCUAUACUGGAUACGAUGCUGAUGUGGAUACCGCCAAUGGUCUUUCUCUGCGGUCCAUGUCGAGCACCAUUUCAGAAGCCAGAACGCUUGGCUACCCUCGCAUUGGUACAUAUGCUGCCAACUAUGGUACCAACAAGUACGCUGAUGAAUUUAUUCGAGCUGCUUUUGGCAGAAUAGACACUGCCUUUGACAAUUUCAAUGCCGAAUUCACAAAGUUUUCUCAAUUUGGAACCAACAAAUUUAUCGAAGUUGCAACUCUAACCAUGAGCUCUUGGAUGCACAUUGUGAUUAAGAUGCAAGAUGCUAUCGAAAUCUGUAAAUCCUUGCCCAAUGGCCAAAAGUCAGUCGAACAAGUUCCUCAUUGGGACGAUGCAGUCGCCAUUUACCGUGGAUUGGGUGGUGGUGGAAGCACGGGACAGCUAUCCCAGUUGGCCAAUCAGUAUUGCGCAAGGUUUGGAACCUGUCAAGAUGGUACCGGUGGCACUCAAGGUAUUGCCAAAGCCAAUGCAAAAGUGUACGCUCAUUUCAAGGCCGGAAAACAAGACUUGUUGGAUGGAAGGUGCGAUUUGGUGGAAAAUUCUUUGGACGAAGUAGCCACUGCCAUGACCAUUCCAUUGAUUCAAGGAUUGUUGUAUCACGCGUAUGAACUCGAUCUAUUGAAGGAACAACGAGAAGUGGCUGAAGGAGCAGCGGCUGCCUUUUUGCAUUCUGUGCUUCCGUUACUGCAUGCUUGCUCGGAGGGGAUUGCAGUCAUGGUCUACAACCAAAUCAAGGUUGGCAAUGGCAAGACUGCUAGCUUUGAAAUUAUCAAGGCUAGUUUAGAAAGCCAAUAUGAAUGUUUGGGUGUAACUUGUGAGGAUAUUGGUGGAAUUAUGGACCUUAGUAACCCAAUUCAGUACCAAAGAAACAGUGGUACAUGCGUUACCUUUGACAUUGGCGAUGGCAUUCCAAACCCAGAACCCAGCCCAACUCUAAAGCCCACUUUGUAUCCUACUUCAGAUGAUAGUGACCCAACUGAUCCACCAUCCUCCCGAUUCAUUGAGUCUGAGGACUCAGCUGGCAGUGGUGUCAGCUACUGUCUUGGUCUUGCUAUUGGUCUUUCAUUUACAUUGCUAAUGUUGCUGAGAUAA